AUGGGGAAAACUGGAUUGGAUGCUGCUAUUGGGAGGGAUUACUAUGUACAUGGGUCGGCUGGGAUAGCUGCUCGAGUGGUUUCACAAUGUGGCAUCUGUGCUAAGGUCAAUCCUCGACAAGGGCCCCUACUACCACCUGGAACCAUACCUGUCUCUUACUUUCCUAUGGACUCUGUCAUGGUUGACUUUACAGACAUGCCAAGAUGUGGACUAUACAAAGCUUUAUUGGUAUUUGUGGAUAAAUACACUGGCUGGCCAGAGGCUUUCCCUACAAAGACUAAACAAGCCAGGGAAGUGGCAAGACUAUUGUUAAAAGAACUAAUACCUCGUUUUGGUUGCCCGUCUUUUAUUUCCUCUGAUAAUGGUCCUGAGUUUGUUCAUCAAGUCAAUCAAGCAGUGGCUUCUGCUGUGGGAUCCAAAUGGCGGUUUCAUUGUGCUUUUCAUCCUCAGUCCGGUUCGAAUUCUGAACGAAUGAAUCGCACACUGAAAGAGAAAAUUACUAAGAUCUGUGCUGAAAGUCACCUGAAAUGGCCUGAUGCAUUGCCCUUAGCUCUCUACGCUGUGAGAUGUGCUCCACGUAGACAAUACAACCUAUCCCCAUAUGAGCUGAUGUUUGGGCGUCCUCCUACGCUGCUGAGAAGAAAUAGAAGUGGUUCAUAUGUAGUGAAAAGUGUUUUCUUGAAGAAGAUGGAAUUUUCCAUGGUAGUGAUGGCAAUGUUGUCACUGUUUCUGUCAGGAGCUACAUGCCAUAUUCUGCCUACUAAAACAUGUUCUGUGGGGAAACUUCCCUUUGUUAAGCAUAAGUAUUUUCUGCCAGGUGAUUUCAUAAUGGCUGGGAUACUAGCUCAGUUCUCCAUGAUAUGGGAUCCAGUUGGUUUCACAAGGCACCCAUCUGAAGAAAUGAUUGAUGACCUCAUAUUUUUCCUGCAGAACUACCAACAUAUCCUGGCCUUGGUUUUUGCUGUAAAGGAGAUAAAUGAAAAUAAGCACAUAUUAUCCAACAUGAGCUUGGGUACUGACAUUUCUAACAGUUAUCCCAUGGCAGGAUUGACUUACUUGGCUUCCAUGGAGCUUCUCUCAACACGUGGCAGAUUCAUCCCCAACUAUAAGUGUGAUGCCAAAGACUGGGCAGCAUCUGUUAUUGCAGGACCUAACUCUUACAUCUGUCCCUUCGUGGCAAACAUCUUGAAUGUCUACAAGAUGCCCCAGCUUCUAUAUGGAUCUGCUCCAAUGAAAGAUAAUAGCGAAGACACAGUUUUCUUUCAUCGUUUUUUCCCAAACGAGGACCUUCAGACGAAGGGGGUUCUUCAGCUGCUGUUGCAUUUAAAGUGGGUAUGGAUAGGGCUGAUUUCCCAACCUGAUGAGGGUGGACGGAGUUUUGUACGGAAUGCCCUUACACUGUUUGUCCAGAAAGGUAUUUGCUUUGACUUUAUGCAAGAGUUGCCCAAAGAAACUUUUUCUAAUCACAUUGAAUAUAUAUUUAAAGAUUUUAUUGCCAUGUACAAGGUUGUCAUGAACAGCACUGCCAAUGUUGUGAUCCUCUAUGGUGAAAACCACGUCAUUGGCAUUUUCAGAAUAUUUCCCCAUCUUUCAGAAUAUGAGGAUAUACCAGUAAAGAGAAAAGACAAAGUUUGGAUCAUGCCAGCCCAGAUGGAGUUCACAUCAGUCCCUUUUCAAAAAAUACUCCCUUUGGACUUUAUUCAUGGUGCCAUAUCUUUUGCGGUUUCUUCCAAGGAGGUGACUGGGUUCAAACCAUUCCUGCAGAUGAGAAGCCCUUCUUUAGAAGAAGAAGAUCAUUUAACAAAAUUGUUCUGGGAGCAGGCAUUUGAAUGUUUUUUCCUUAAAGAUAAGUUAGAUGAGGAUGCUGGAGUGCUGUGCACUGGAGAGGAGAAGUUGGAGACUCUUCCUAAUUCUGUGUUUGAGACCACCAUGACUGGACAGAGUUACAGCAUUUAUAAUGCAGUCUAUGCUGUGGCACAUGCCUUGAAAGCCAUGUUUUCAUCCAAAUACAAACACAGAGCAAGGGCGGACCACGGAAGGCUGAUGAUUAUCAAGGAAGAAAGAUGGCAGCUCCAUCCCUACCUGAGAACAGUCUUAUUUAACAACAGUGUUGGGGAAACAGUUUUUUUUAAUGAAAAGGGGGAAUUGGGAACUGGAUUUGAUAUCAUCAACUGGAUCACAUUCCCAAACAAAACUUUUCUUAAAGUCAAAAUUGGAAAGAUAGAUCCACUGACUUCUCCAGAAGAGUCUUUCAUGAUUUCUGAAGAAAACAUCAUCUGGCCGACCAUGUUCAACCAGGCAUUACCACUUUCUGUAUGCAAUGAAAAUUGUUAUCCAGGCUACCUGAAGAAAAAAAUAGAUGAGAAGCCCUUUUGCUGCUAUGAUUGUCUUCCUUGUGCAAAAGGGAAAAUUUCAAACAGAUUAGAUGCAGUUGACUGUUUCCAAUGUCCAGAAGAUCAAUAUCCAAAUGAAGCUCACAAUCUUUGCAUCGAAAAACAUAUAACUUUCUUGUCUUAUGAAGAACCUUUGGGAAUCACUUUGGCCACUGUAGCUGUCUUCUUUUUUAUAACUUCAGCUUUGGUGCUAAGGAUCUUCAUUAAAGAGUGGGAAACCCCCAUAGUCAAAGCCAACAACAGGAAUCUCACCUAUACUCUUCUCAUUGCUCUCCAGCUCUCUUUCCUCUGCAGUUUUCUUUUCAUUGGACAACCUGGUCAAGUCAGAUGUCUCAUGCGACAAACUGCAUUUGGCAUCAUCUUCUCUGUAGCCAUUUCUUGCAUUUUGGGUAAAACAACCAUAGUGGUUCUUGCUUUCAUGGCCACCAAACCAGGAUCCCAAAUGAAGAAAUGGGUGGGGAAAAGGCUGGCCAACUCCAUUGUCCUUUCUUGCUCUCUGAUACAAGUCACAAUUUGUGUUGCAUGGCUGGCAAUUUCUCCUCCAUUUCCAGAUUCAGACACACAUUCCAUGGCUGAAGAAAUUGUACUAGAAUGUAACGAAGGAUCAACCAUCAUGUUUUAUACUGUUCUGGGCUUUAUGGGGUUCUUAACUGCUAUCAGUUUCACAGUAGCCUUCCUAGCUAGGAAGUUACCUGAUAGCUUCAAUGAAGCCAAAUUCAUUACCUUCAGCAUGCGGGUGUUUUGCAGCGUUUGGGUAACAUUUGUUCCUACCUAUCUGAGCACCAAGGGAAAGUACAUGGUGGUGGUGGAGAUCUUCUCCAUUCUGGCUUCAGCAAUGGGGUUGCUUGGCUGUAUCUUUUUCCCAAAAUGCUAUAUUAUUCUUCUGAGACCUGAUUUAAACAGAAAGGACAAACUUAUUAAAAAACACUGA